GUACCCGCCGCAGGUCAUGGAGAAGGCGCUGGAAAUGGCCGAAGGCAUCCAAGUGACCGGCGCGCCUGUCCGCACCACGAGAGACGAACUGGUUGCCAAGGUGAAGAAAAGAGGCAUAUCAAGUAGCAAUGAAGGGGUAGAAGAGCCCUCCAAGAAGAGAGCUGUUGAGAAAAGCAGAGAUUCUAAGGAUACUGGAAAGGACGUGAAAACAACCAAGGCAGAAGCCUCGAAGGAAACACCGAGCACGUUGCCAAAAAACCAGGAAAAAGAUACUAGCAACGAUGUAGAAAGCUCCCGGUCAACUUGCAGUGCAAAUAAAGAAACAGUCACAGCAUCAGACACACAAACAGAAGGAAAACCUGCUAAUGCUGAAAACACCACUGUGCAAAAUUCAUCUUCAUCUGUAAAAGAGUCAGGAGAGACACCUUGCUCAAAUCCUCCUAAGGAAAGCAAGAGUGAAAAUGUGCCGUCACCUGAAAAGAAAACUCCAGCAGUGCCAGCCACAGUGCCACCGGCUGCCAAGGAUGCUCCACAGGCAGCGGCAGUGCCCCCAGCCGCCAGGGGUGCUCCACAGGCAGCAGCGGUGCCGCCGACCACCAAGAGCACCCCGCAGGCAGCUGCGAUGGCAGCAGCAAGCACCCCACAACCAGUGGCGGUGCCACCAGGCACCAAGAGCACCCCGCAAGCAAGCGCUACGUUGCUGUCUUCCAAAACCCAAGCGAGCGCCCCAGCGUCGGCGCCCAAGAGCGGCGCUCAGGCGGGCAGCUCGCUGCUGCUG